AUGAGUGGAACAAAUGCGAGCACUUCUUCGGGAUCGUCGACGUCUGGGUCGACGACAACAGAGCCGUCGAUUCAGCAGAAGAAUAAUCUGCAGAGAAUCGCACUGAAGAAGCAUCAGCUGAAGACAUGGACCAGAAGUAAGAAGUUGGAGAAACUGGCCGUAUAUUCGCAGUGCAGGGCUGCGGACAACACAUGCAAAUGCAACGGUUGGAAGAACCCCAACAACAAUCCCAUCCCUCCCUCUGACAGACAUCACGACAGACACAACAACGCAGUCUCGCAGAUGACAGACCCCUGUCGUAGUUGUGGUCAUCACUUGAGCGCUCACGUGAGUCACUUGGAUGCCGUGAAAGAGGAGGAAUUGGAUCGACUGCUGGGGAUUGUAGUGGACGUGGAGAACCUGUUUAUGUGCGUUCAUAUAGAAGAGGAUACGGACACAAAACAAGUGUAUUUCUAUUUAUUUAAACUGUUGAGGAAAGCCAUUAUGAUUAUGAGUCAGCCCUCAGUGGAGGGUCCGCUCGGAAACCCUCCCUUCGAGAAGCCUUCCAUCAAAACGGGUGUCAUAAACUUCGUGUGUUUCAAAUUCAGUCACUUGUCUGAGAAGGAAUGGCAGACA